CGAAAAUGUCGCGAUUAAAAUUAUUAAAAACAAAAGAACAAGAGUUAAUUAAUGAAAGUGUAAUUUGCAAUUCGUUAAUUAGUCAAGUUCUUGCAAAGAUAAAUACAUCCAUCAAGAAAUUAGAAGUCGAAGACAACAAACCAGAAUUUCGCUCUUUAUAUCUAUCGACGUUAUGCUUAACUGAUAAAAUUAACGAAAAAUUAGUUGAAAUCAAUUUAGAUUUGGAAGAAUUUAUUUCAGAUAAACAAAUAGAUACAAAUGAAUUAGAUAUUUCUACAAAAGCUUCUAAUAUAAAUUUAUUGGAGGAGAAUACAACACCGAAAGUUCUGAAUAUCGAUAAGGAAUGUUUACCUGGUGAUAAUGCCGCAUCGUUGGCUGGAAAUAGUCUUAUCAAGCAGGAAUGUUUAUCAGAUGAAAUUUCUACAAAAGUUCAUCAAUCGAAUAGCCCUUAUAAGACUGGAAAUAUGUCAGAUGAAAACACUAGUCGAAAGAUUAAAAAAUCGAAUCCAGUUCGAAAGGAAAAAUUACAAUUUGAACGAAAUAUCGUCGAUGAUCCUGGCGAAGAUGUACGUAUAUGCAAACAACCUGCAAGUCUUACUCCUGCAAGUUUUUUGAAUCGAAAUGUAAAAAAAAAUACAAGAAAAUCUGAUAAAAAUUCGAAUAUUCAUAAAAAACAUUAUCCACCAAUAAUUAUUCCCGGCAAUCCUCCAGUAUUUUCUCAACAAAACAGUUAUGGGAAUGUGGAUUAUGAAAACAAGAAUCAAAUGUAUGAACAAGAAGUGAAUACUAAUCAAUUCGCCGAUUUAGUUCAUGGGAAUGCGAGAUUAUCUGAGCUUUCAAAAGUUCGAGAAAAUAUACGUGAAAAUGAAAGAUAUCAAGUUUAUGAUCAAGCUUGCCGCAGGAACUGUGAAAACGAAACUUCGAAGGAGAUUAAUCGCGAUAAUGAUGUGGGACAUUAUAAAGACGAAAGUCCUAGGAGAAUACCUAAAAUAGAUUCAUCGUUGGGAAAGUUUGAUGGAACUUUGUAUAGUGACCGGGAAAAAGCCUGUAAGAAACAUAAAGAUAUUAAAACGCAGUAUCAAGAAAAUAUCACACGUAAGAAUUAUGAAGAUAAAGGAAGAGUUGAAGAAACAUCUUAUAUGACUGAAGAAAAUGUCGCACGUAAGAACUAUGAAGACGAAAGAUUGAAGGACCUAUAUAUCCAGGAAAAUGUUAACUCAGACAAUUACGAAGAUGAGACUGCUAUGAAUAUAUCAAAACGUAAAGUUAUGGAAUUUUUAAAUCCAUCUGAUAAAUCACCAUCACGACGUGGCCGUUUUAGUGAACAAAAACGAGCUAUUGCUAAUGGUCCACCUGGUUUUAAAAAAUCCUCGCUAGCCAGUAGUAUAUCCACAAAUGAGGCACAUAAAAAUUGGAAUUUAUUCAGUGCAACGGAUUCAUAUGAUUCGUAUGAAAGUGAUCGAAAUUUUGAAGAAGCCAAUAACGAUAAAGAUUUCAAUACUGAGAAACAAAAAGAUUCUAUGAAUUCGUUACCGAAAUUCGAGAGAGUUAAUCAAAUUGGUUCACCGCCGGAGGAAAAAUUUCCAGUUAAAGAUUGUGAUGUUGAAUUAACGCGAAAUAAAGUGGUUGAAAGUGUGAAGAGUCAUACGGAGACUGAAGAAUGUCAAGAGAAUGUGUUAGAGAUACCUGCACCAGAGGCAUUAGAAUUAGCUCGAGCAAUUCAAGUACCUCAAGAUGCUCAAAAUUUACCAAAAGUUACCAUUGAGAAUGAUGAUAGAUGUAUUGUUACCCAUGCAAAAUCGCCUGUUUGUUUUUACAUAAUAACAGCAACUGCUACGGAAAAUAUCAAUGAUUAUGACAGAUUCCACGAAGAGCUACAAACUUAUUGUGAGAGUAAUGCACGGAAGUUUUCAAAUAAAAAUGAGAUCAAAGCUUCUAAAGCACAUUACUACUGUUGUUUCAAUAAAAUGGAAGAUUACAAUUAUAAUUGGUUCCGUUGCAAGAUUAUUGAUUGGUUGGAUGAUGACGAAAUAAAUGGCAAUAGAGUGCGAGUUUUGGCUGUAGAUGAUGGAUUUGAGAAUGAUGUAAUGAUUGAUCAACUGCGAGAUUAUCCACAAACGAAAUAUUUAUUACCGGAAAUGGCUGUCAAAUGUCGAUUACGUUAUCUAUAUCCAUCAAAAUCAACUAAAAAUCAUAUUUUGGAACAGUGGCCACAAGGCAGUAUUGAGUUUUUUAAUGAUCUCAUCCAAAAUAGUCGUAUAAAUCCAUUUUAUGUUACUGACGUUUAUCGAGGGGCGGAUUGCUAUGAAGUCGAUCUUUGCAAUAAUCAAAGAAUAUCUUUAUCAAGAGUUAUGGUAGAACUGGGUUUUGCAGUUAUUAUAGAACCUGACACUGUAGGCGCUGAAUCUGAUAAAUUAGUGACUAAAUCUGAUAAAUUAAACGAUGAAUCUGAUAAAUUAGACGUUGAACCUAUCCAAAUAAACACUGAAUCUGAGCAUCAAUUGGUAGAAUCCGACUUUAUGAAGGAGCAAAUUAAGCAAGCCCAAGGUUUUACGAUAACGAACAAUGAUGAAAAUCCAUUAGACAAUUUAGAAGACUGUAAGACAAAUUUAAAUGAAGCGAUUUGUGAUCACAUGGAAGGUGGAUAUACUCCAACAGACUACACAAGAUUGUGUAAAUUUACGGAAAAAGAUGGUGAAAAAUGUUUUAAAGGAGAUAACUGUCAUUUUGAGCAUAAAAUACCAGAUCCAGAUGGUUGGACAAGUGAUAAAGUAAGAGCAUUUACGGUGACAUCUGAAAUUGAUGAGCCAAAGAUUGGAGAUCAAUUAACAAUAAUGGUUACGUUUAUUAAAACAGUUUGUCGAUUUUAUGCUCAUAUUAAACCAUCCAAACAAAAACGGCAAAUGUAUUCUGCUUCAAAAAUAAUUCAUACUGCUAAUCAAUUUAGUAAAUAUAUUAAUAAACCAGAGAAUAUAAACUGUUUGAAAAAAUUGAAAAUACUACCAGCUGAAGGACAAUUGGUUAUAGCGCGAUCACCCGACGACGAUAAAUGGUAUCGGGCUAGAGUUCUAAAUGUAUGUUCAGAAGAUGAAUUUGACGUGAUUUUCAUUGAUUAUGGUGAUGAUUGCACUGUGAGAUUCAAUGAUUUAAGAGAAAUUCAACAUGAACAUUUAGGUUUACCCGAACAAGCGGUAGAAUUUCGUAUUUCAGGUAUUGAUCCAAUAAACACAAGAGAUCCCGAAUACAUGUUUAAAGCAGCAAAACAUUUUGCCGAUUUUACUAUAGAUCACGUAUUAACAGCCCUUGUUAUAAAUACGGGAUAUCCGAUAGAAGUGGAAAUAUACACUGAUGAAGGUGUGAAUAUUGGUAAUUACCUGAAAAUGCAAAAUCUAGCUAAAGACCGUGAUACCUCUUACUUACCUAAAGUGGGCCAAAUGGCAUUAGAAUAAACUGCCAUAAAUAGAGAAGUUACAUUAAUUUUUUAUAAUAAGUCCCAUUUUUUUUAUUAAUUAUUAAAAAUAAAUACUUAUAUUUUUUAAUUUAAAAACGGUAGUGACGAAUUUACAUGCGUUUUGAGACUGUGAGCCAAUCGGAAUCACGCUAAAAUUCACAUUCUGCCUCCCAAGAGAAGCAGAAAGUACGUGCUUUUGGUCGUGGAUAAUGAAAAACUUCUCUAUUGAAAAUAAGACUGUUA